UCCAUUGAUUCGGGCUGGCACCGCCAAUUUCCAGACAGUGUGUUCUGGAAACGCUCUUGGGUUCCCCCUAAAAGACUCAAAACGUCUGAUCCAGUGGUUAAAAGCUGUUCAGAGGGAUAACUGGACCCCCACUAAGUAUUCUUUCCUCUGUAGUGAACACUUCACCAAAGACAGCUUCUCCAAAAGGCUGGAGGAUCAGCAUCGUCUGCUCAAGCCCACGGCGGUGCCCUCCAUCUUCCACCUGCCCGAGAAGAAGAGGGGCACUGGAGGUCAUGGCCGCACGAGAAGAAAGGUCACCAGGAAGGCCUCGGGGGGCCUGAGGGGACACGUGAGCGGGGCGGACGGGAAAGGAGCUACAGGUUCAUCAUCGUCCUCGGGUGAAAACCUGAUGGCCAAGCCAGGGUCCCGGAAGGUGAAGCAGGCUGCACUGCAGAAUGAAACUGCGCCCAGGGCCUCCCAAGAAGCCACCAGUCCGGAGCGCACGUUGCAGGCCCCGGAAGGAACUGCAGGCGAUGGUCUGGCCACGGCUGCGGCGGGCAGCCAGGGAGCAGCUGUGGAUGCUGGUGGUGAGAGCACCGCCCCCGACCACGGUGACCUGGUGGAUAAGAGCGGCAUUUCCAUGGACGACUUUACCCCGCCAGGGUCUGGAGCUUGCAAGUUUAUUGGCUCACUUCAUUCUUACAGUUUCUCCUCCAAGCACACUCGAGAGAGGGCAUCUGUCCCCCGAGAGCCUGUUGACCGAAAGAGGCUGAAGAGAGACGUGGAGCCCGGCUGCAGCGGGACCAGCCUGGGGCCCGACAAGGGCUUGGCCCAGAGCCCCCCAAGUUCAUCACUCACAGCCACGCCUCAGAAGCCCUCCCAGAGCCCCUCUGCCCCUCCGGCAGACGUCACCCCGAAGCCUGCAGCCGAAGCCGUGCAGAGUGAGCGCAGCGACGCCAGCCCCAUGUCCAUCAACGAGGUCAUCCUGUCGGCGUCGGGGGCCUGCAAACUCAUCGAUUCGCUGCACUCCUACUGCUUCUCCUCCCGACAGAACAAGAGCCAGGUGUGCUGCCUGCGGGAGCAGGUGGAAAAGAAGAACGGCGAGCUGAAGACCCUGCGGCAGAGGGUCAGCCGCUCCGACAGCCAGGUGCGCAAGCUGCAGGAGAAGCUGGACGAGCUGAGGAGAGUGAGCUUCCCCUACCUGAGCGGCCUGCUGCCCUUCAGCCGCGGUCAGUACCAGAGCCUCGCGCUCCCACACUGCCUGGUCGUUGGGACGGGUUUCGUGCUGCGUGGCUGAUGGUCCCUGAGCGUCUGUGUGUGUCGAGAGCGCCCAGCUGUCUCGGGAGGAGGCUCUAAAAGUAGCUGUACUUUGUAGUGAGGGAGCCUCGCUUGGAAGCUUACUUCGCCCCGGGGCGCUCGAGGGGCAUUUGUAGCUGUGAGAGUUUAGCCCAGGAGAAGGGAGGCAUUUCACGUCCGCUGGGAGAGCCACGACUACUCACUGCGUGGUCUCCCACCGAAACGGGAGAGGCCGCUUCCGCUGCACCCCUCGCACAAACCUCACUUCCAGCCGAGUUAACGGCUCGCUGCAGAAUGAAGUAGGCACAGUAAACUAUUAGAGAAAUGGUAGGAGACUCUGAAAAUCACGGGGAGUUUCUUUCUAUUUGUGUUUUAGUGAAUAUCCUUGAGGUUAUGCCAUUUUGAACGUUAAUAAUUUCUUUAAAAUU